AUGCCGGCAGUCUCGCGACUGGCUGCCACAAACACCUUUGGAAAUCGUACAGUUGCAUGGCGCAGAGCACUGCUACAAUCUCAUUUUCGUUUUCAUUGUCUCCAGCUUGGCACUUCGGACGCAGACAAAAUUGUAUUCUUUACUGCCUGCAUGUAUCGAUGCCCUUGGGGUGUCUUGUUGGAGGGAUGUUCUGGGCGUCGGUUUACUUGGCACAUUACCAAACCUUUAUCGGAAGCUUUGGUGCCUAUAGAGAAUCUUGUAACUGCUUUGGGUUUCUCCAUUGAUCAAGAACACGUCAAGUUGUUUGCGUUGGAAAUGACCGUUGAGAACGUGUCACAGACCGAAGCAACUCUGUUUGUUUCUUCUGCAAUAGAAGUGAAUAUCACCGCGUGUGCCGGUGAGUGUGCAAAAGAAUCAGAUGAAGAAGGUGAAAUUUCAGUAGACAAGCAAGAUUCCGAUUUAGAAUCCUGGGCUUUGUCCGGACACGAAUCCUGUUCAGAAGAUGCAGUGGAAAGCGAAGCGGUCAGUUCCUCUUCCAGUGAUGACGAUGCUGCAGAGGUGCCGGACCGUGCGAAUCUGGAGCGAAUUGCCCCUGCAGCGCGAGCUGCGACAGGUGCCUUUGUUGUUUCGCACAACCCUUACUUUAGUGUCAGUAACUAUGCUGCUUCUACAGCUCAGCAUGCUGCGAAAUCACUGAGGGCGCGGGUAGCGGAGAAAUGGGCUACGGACACUUAUCUUGGAACUGCUAGCAAAAGCAAAACCAUACAAAUUGGCGAAUAUGAUGCAGAUCCCCAAAAUCCUCGCAAUUCAGAAAUGGUGCUUCAGGCAUGGAUGUUAUGGCGGGUGCAAUUUCAUUCUUUUUUAGAUGGAAAUUUGAGCCGACGCCGCUGGUUUGAGACAGAGCUCCGAGCGCUACAGCGCAAAGUGGGUCAUGGCACCGGAAAUGUCAAGGCAGAUAAGUUGAUCAAACAGUGGCUGCCAGCUGCAUUCGCGGAGAUUCAGGCAGCCCUGAAAGAUGUGACUCCGGAAGGAGCGGAAAGGUCUCGGGCGGUGAGAUCCCUUACAGACUUUAAGAAGAAUGAUCCAACAAUCGACGUCACAGAGAACAACAUUCGCUUGUACCUGGCCUUGAAGAAACUGAGCCCAUCCGGUCGGGUGUCUCUCGCACAGAUGAAAUCUCAGAAGACCAUGGCUGUGGCCAGCACCAUGAUUCGAAGCAGUCUACCCAUUGACAUCGACCCGCAGACCAUUUGGGCCUUUGAUCAAGCGGUUCCGCGGGAGAAGCUGGGUCGAGGUGUCUUUGAACUGGAAUCAUCCUUUGGAAACAUGAGCAAGGUCAAACAUGGGCUCUUGGAAGGUGCAGGGUCAAUGCCCGCGUCAUCCCAAGCCUUGCCAGACAAAGACAUGACCCAGGGAAAGGAUGAAGCAGAUUCUCAGGGCCCUCCUGGGCCUCCUGCAAAAAAGCCCCGUGUUCUGCAAGAGCAUGUGUCGGAGACAGAGGAGGAAAGUUUCGAGCGCAUUGCUAAAGCAACCAAAGAGGCCUUUGAUGCUGGGAGAUUUUGUUCCAAAGACCGCACCUCUCCAGAAUUUGCAGAGUUUUGGCUACGUCAUUUCCGUACCUACUGUGAGAAGUUCAUGGUCAAGUGCAAUGAAGGACCGCCCAGCUUUCUCAGAAGCUAUGUGGCCUUCACCGUGAAGAGUCUCCUCGGCACUGAGACCUUAGAGGAUUUGGCAAUUUUCGUCCAGCACUUGGAGUCUUUGCAGAAAAUCAAUGAGAAUCUUGUGCCUCCUUUGGCUGCCGCUGUCAUCCAGCUAGGAAAAUGCCGUGUGGAAGAUGACCAAGACGUUGUUGUGAGUGGCUUAACCAUGAGCCAGCAGCACACACUGUUCAAGUCCAAAUUGUACAACCAGUUUACCUCCGAGAGAUUGUCGCACAGGUUGAAAGCAGUUGCUGCAGACCAUGGUACCGAGCCUGAAGCUCGCCUGGUUGUGGUUCGAGAUUUGCUGAAGCAUACUUUGAGUGAAGCUCAAAAAAAAUCACUCGAAUUUGCUGUCACCAUGCUUUCCCCCAUCGACGACGCCGAGAAGUUGACCUUCUUGCUGGGGUCGCAGGAGAAUUUUGGAUUCUUGCGAAAUUGGUUUGGGUCCUCAGAUCCAAGGUUGCUGCUGGAGCACUUUUUUGGAGCGAAGCUGCCAGAGCUCGACAUGAAGACUUUUCUCCAAGCCGCAUCCCUGGCAACGAGUGCCAUCGAUAGCAUCCCCAACACACAGGUGAAAGGUUUGCUGAAGGAUUGGCUGAAGCUCAAGGAUGUGGCGCCCGUGGUGGCAGAAGCGAUUUUCUUGGAGCUCGUGAAGUACAAGUUUGGUUUAUCGCACAUCUCGGAGGAAAUUAACUUAGCGGACUUGACAGAAGGCUGUUUGAAAGUCAUUGCUGCCUCCGUUCGCAAAGUGCCAUCUGAGAAGCAAGCGGAUUUUCCCAUCCUGACAGCCCUGCUUGCUAAAUCCAAUGUUUUGCUGCCUCCUCCGGACAGCCAAAAAAAACAAUGAAAUCGCAGAGAAAGACACUCAAAAGGAUAAGAAAACAGAGAUCGCUGAGACACAAAACGCAGCUGGCGAAAAGCCAGAUCAGAAGCCCGCUGUUCCAGAUUUUCAGAUCGACCAAGUGGUUGUGAUUUCAGCAAACAAACACAAGGAAAAAUACGACCAACGUGAGGGAAGAAUCGUGAAAGUUCUGAGUUCCAAACUCCGUGUUGAAAUCCUAAGUGGCCCUGCUCAGGGCGAAGAAAAGGAUGUCCAGAAAAGCAGUGUUACGCUUAAAGAAGCGGUUCCCAAAAAGAAAGAUUCCGAAGCAGAGAUUCCCAAAGGGAACGAUGCGAAAGCUGAGAUUGCCAAGAGCAAUAAAUUGGCGGAAGAUUUGUUUGGCCUAGGCGAUGACUAGAU